GGGGGCUCAGCAUCUGGAAGUGAAGGUUUACCCAGAGUAAAAAACCAACCGACGACACCCGCGCAAGCUUAUUGGGUGAAUCCUGGUGGGACGUCAAUCAUGAAAACCUCCACGAGCGUGCUGAUGAAUUAUAGAUGAAAGGAAGCUGAAAAUGCAGAUUUGGUGCCAAACACGAACAUACUACACACAAUCAACAUUUCAUAGACGGACCAUUUAACUUACACUGCUUCAUCCACAGCUAGAUGCAUACAGAAAAGCGUUAAUUUCAAGUGAGCAGCCGUCUGCAGCCUUUAUUCCAUCCACAACAUUCACAUUAACGAAAACCAUGCGAGGAUUUAAUAAGGAUGGCACUACAGUCAUCCUGGUUUUGCUUAAUUUAAUUCUUUUUGAAACAGCAGAUGCAGAGAAGGCGAUAUUUACUAAUCAUUUCUUGGUUCAGUUGCAUGAAGGGGAAGACGUAGCCAAGCAAGUUGCAGCAGAUCACGGUUUUAACAGUGGCAAAAAGCUCCCUUUUGCGGAAGGACUAUUCCAUUUUUAUCACAACGCCAUUCCAAAAGCAAGGAGAAGACGCAGCCUUCAGCAUAUACAACGCCUUGAAAAGGACCCAAGGGUGAAGAAUGUAUUGCAACAAGAAGGGUUUGGCAGAAAGAAGAGAGGCUACAGAGAUAUUAAUGAAAUUGACGUUAAGAUGAAUGACCCAUUGUUUACCAAACAGUGGUAUCUUAUAAAUACUGGUCAAGCAGAUGGGACCCCAGGACUUGAUCUGAAUGUGGCUGAAGCUUGGGAAUUGGGCUUUACUGGAAAAGGUGUGACCAUAGCAAUCAUGGAUGAUGGAAUUGACUACUUACAUCCUGAUCUUGCCUCCAAUUAUAAUGCAGAAGCCAGCUAUGACUUUAGCAGCAAUGAUCCCUAUCCCUACCCUCGCUACACGGACGACUGGUUUAACAGCCACGGAACUAGAUGUGCUGGUGAAGUUUCUGCAGCAGCCAAUAACAACAUCUGUGGUGUAGGAGUGGCGUUCAGCUCAAAAGUUGCAGGUAUUCGAAUGUUGGACCAGCCUUUUAUGACUGAUAUAAUAGAAGCUUCAUCAAUAAGUCACAUGCCUCAAAUUAUCGACAUCUACAGUGCCAGUUGGGGGCCAACUGAUGAUGGUAAAACUGUGGACGGACCACGGGAGUUGACUUUACAAGCCAUGGCAGAUGGUGUGAAUAAGGGCAGGGGCGGUAAGGGAAGCAUCUAUGUCUGGGCUUCGGGAGAUGGAGGCAGUUACGAUGAUUGCAACUGUGACGGCUAUGCAUCUAGCAUGUGGACCAUCUCUAUCAAUUCAGCAAUCAAUGACGGCCGCACAGCCCUUUACGAUGAAAGCUGUUCUUCCACCCUGGCUUCUACAUUUAGCAAUGGAAGAAAGAGGAAUCCUGAAGCUGGUGUGGCUACAACUGAUUUGUAUGGAAACUGCACACUGCGUCAUUCCGGAACAUCAGCUGCUGCGCCAGAAGCGGCUGGGGUGUUUGCUUUGGCUUUGGAAGCUAAUCCAAAUCUAACCUGGCGUGAUAUGCAGCACUUGGCAGUGUUAACAUCCAAAAGGAAUCAGCUGCACGAUGAGGUUCACCAAUGGCGUAGAAAUGGCGUGGGUUUGGAAUUCAACCACCUCUUCGGAUAUGGAGUUCUUGAUGCAGGUGGCAUGGUCAAAAUGUCAAAGGACUGGAAGACAGUUCCUGAAAGAUUUCAUUGUGUGGGAGGUUCAAUACAAGAAACACACAAAAUACCAUCAAAAGGCAAGCUGAUUUUGACAAUUACGAUGGAUACGUGUGAAGGGAAGGACAACUUUGUCCGAUACUUGGAGCACGUCCAGGCAGUGAUCACUGUCAACUCCACCAGAAGAGGAGAUCUGAACAUAAACAUGACCUCUCCCAUGGGCACAAAAUCCAUUCUGCUGAGUCGCCGCCCUCGAGAUGACGACUCCAAGGUUGGCUUUGACAAAUGGCCUUUUAUGACAACGCACACUUGGGGAGAAGACCCCAGGGGGACCUGGGUCCUGGAGAUUGGCUUUGAGGGGAAUGCACUGCAGAAAGGGAUGCUGAAGGAAUGGACUCUGAUGCUCCAUGGAACACAAAGUGCCCCUUACAUAGACCAAAUAGUGAGAGAUUACCAGUCCAAACUGGCCAUGUCCAAAAAGGAGGAGCUAGAGGAAGAACUGGACGAGGCUGUGGAACGAAGCCUGAAGAGUUUGCUGAGCAAGAACUAGCCCUCCUGUCAUCUGCAUGUCGGUCUUCUCUUUCAUAAACUCCAUACGCCUUUAGUCCAGUUUCUACCCUCCUUUCUGUGUUUAUUAGCACGAAUACAAUUAAUGUUUCUUGUGGUCAGAUAAUCACAAUUUGUAAGUUAGUUUUUUGGGGUUUUUUUACACUUUAGUAUAUGCUGUUACUAUAUUUUGUUUUCGGUCCCCUGCCCUAAACCUACUACUUGUAUGUACAGUUUAUGUACAUGAUUUUGUGACAUACUACUUAAAGGUUAAUAUCUUGCAAACAAAGCAGUGACAUUUUUUUCCCAUUAUAUUUUUGUGAUAAAUAUGGUUUAUAUUGUUUUAGAUUGUUUAGAGAGAGAGACAGAGAGAGAGAGAGAGAGACAGAGAGAGAGAGACAGACAGAGAGAGAAUAUGAAUCACUGACUUUGUUAUUAAUAGAACAGCCCAGCCAUUUCACAUUUCAAUGUAGAUUUCACAGCUCCUGAUAUUUGCUCCGUUUUAGAAAAAUAAAUAUGUCAGCUUCUCAAAGCUGUUUACUCCAAAUCAUCAUUAGUCUUUUUUUUUUUUUUAAGAAAAGGAGUAACACACCUAAUACAAUGACCAAAUCAGAAAUAAACUUUUCAUUCAGGGGCUUGAAAGUAAUCUUAAAUAGUUUAUUAUUCAUUUUGGAAUUUUACUUGGAUUUUGUUUUCCUUUUGAGAAAACAAUUGUGCUGAAUACAUUUUGGAGUAAAUAGGUUUGAUUUUCCUCAAAAAAAAACCUUAGUUCAGCAUUCCAGUUACAGCACAUGUUUUAUUUCAAAGGCUGCACUAAAUUAAAACGAUAGCAUCAAUGUGGCCACAGCAGUGGCAAUAGCAGUGGUACAAUUCUGUUUGAAUCUAGGCCUACAUCAGUACAAGGCACUGUUAAGACCCUGUGAAGUACAUAACUGUGUUACAAUUUAUUGUGCAAGCCCAGUGGAGUCUGAUACCAAGUGAUGCUUUUGGUUUGAGUGUACUGUAGUUUUACUUAAAUCUUGUUAAGGUGCCGUUAAAUGUUUAAAAAUUCCAUGUGAUAUAUAUUAGCACUAGUACCAAACCUUGAAAUCCUAAAAGAAUGAAAUAUAUCUUUUUUUGUUACUGUAGUCUUCUUUAGUAAGACAAAGCUUCAUCUAUAUCAUCAAUAAAUUGUUUUAUUCCUGCAUAAUAAUUUAGUGAA